AUGUAUCUGUUGUAUGUACACAAAUGGCCUACCGGAAGGUAUACGGAAAAGACAGCAGCCAGCAACGUCGUCACCUCACUCGGACCCAAGCUGGUUAUUAUCUCCAAAUUUGUAAACCUGAACACGAGAUCCGUCCGUCCCGCAACCCACUCCUCCCUGAGAAACGAAGAAGAACGAAUUGAGGGAAAGGUACCCAAGAAAAGGACUCAGUGUCUCAAAACCACCAGACCGUGCGUGCGCAGAUCUAAUCAAGACAGACAUAGAGACAGGAGACCAGCCCAGUGUAGUAAACCAACACCCAGCCUUGAGGAUUCGCAGAGACAUAGUUCCGUCGGGUGGACCCCACUACCCCGGAAGCGGCCCCACGCAGGACAUGCACGGUUCCCGAAGGGGCAUUUGUCCAUGUCCUGCUAUUUCCGCAUCGGGACACGAAGCAGGAAAACGCGGAGUGACAACUUGUCUCUUGUUGUUGUUUUUUCUUUCCUGGUCACAACGUCUUGGCCUUGUUGUCAACAGUUGCAAAACUUCCCUCCCCACCCUUCUUGGUCACCAGCAAGACAGAUAGGGGGUCAACGUACGCACCUACAUAUACUACAUAUAUAUAGACAUAGAUAUUUUGAUAUAAUAUCUGUUUCCAGUUUGUUCGUUUUUCUGUGCAAGCGGUUGUAG